AAGAAGACAAAGCAGACGAAGAAGAAAAAGAACCGGUGCUAGGGAAGUAACAUGUGAGCUGAGUCCUCUUCAUGUUGUUGAAGCUUUUUAAAGCAACGUGUUCAACUCGCGUCUGUUUCAAGACGAUGACAAAAUCAAAAGCAGAUUCAACCAUGCCGCUCCAGUUUGUUUACACCGACCAGGACUUUGUCACCGAUGUGCACCGAAGCAGUGAAAAGAGUCCGUCACCGACCGCCCAGUUUGACGCUGUUGUCCGAGCCGGCUGGAGCGACAGGAUGGCGAGGGGACUUUUCCGCUACAAUCUGGGUGAUUUGCAAACUCGCAUCAUGCCGGGGUCACACGGCUACGUGGCACAGUUGAAUAUUCAAAGAGGAACAGAGAAAAGAAAGCCUCAGGAGAUACUGAGCAUUAAACAGGAGUUCAAUGCCAAACAGUUUAACUUUAACAAAAUCAAUCCAGAGGAAGUUAUAUUUGAGAUGAUAAAGGACACGGAGGGAAGCUCAGCUAUGCAUCAGCAGAGCAGGAUGGUCGUGCUGGUCAACGUCAGUCCACUGGAGUUUGGACAUUGUCUCUUCGUUCCAGAUCCGUCGUGCUGUUUACCGCAGGUUCUGACGAGAUUCACCAUCCAGGGCGGCAUCGAAUCUGUGCUCCUGAGCUCCGACACUGGCUUUCGUGUGGGUUUCAACAGUCUAGGAGGAUUCGCUUCAGUAAACCAUUUACACCUACAUGGCUAUUACAUGGACCAUGAGCUGAAGAUAGAAUCCAUGCUGCUCCAGCCUUUGGUUCCCGACAAAGGUUUUUAUCGCUUGUUGGACUUUCCUGCAGGUUUUGUGUUUUAUGCUGAAUCACAGGAUGUGGAGAAAGUUGCCAGAGCAAUUUGUGAAGUGACAAACUUUCUUGUAGAUGGAAAUAUUGCCCACAACUUGUUUUUGACCAGAGGAUGUCCUCCCUGUGAUCGGAUACGGGACAAAACAAAUGUCUGUCUGAGAAAAGGUGUUCGUAUCGCUGUGUGGCCACGAAUGUCCUGCUUCGGUGCCAAAGAGGAUUCUGCGUUCAAUGUUGCCCUGUGUGAGCUGGCUGGACAUUUACCGUUCAAGAACAAGAAGGACUAUGAGCUCAGCACUGAGAAAGAUGUGAUGGAUAUCAUUGAGCGGUAUCUCCUGCCUGACAGGGAGUUUCACAGCUUGGAACAGCAGCUUCUUCGUCUUUUAACCGAUUCUUAAUGAGGGGAGGACUUGUGUGAGCUGCAAACAGCUGAAAUGGAUACUUUAUACAUUUCACAGUUUUAAUUUUUUAUAUUUAUUGUUUAUCGAUGUAUUAUUUAUAAAGAAUUGUAAUCAGUGUGCUUUUCCUCUAAAGGAUGUGUUUUAGUGAAACUUGUAUUAAAUACAUUUGAAAACCAAAACCACUCUUUCUAAAAACAUAAGCUUGUUAUUACAUUUUUUGUUUGCUUUUGCUCAGUUA